CAUCGGUGAAAGACUGAAUAGCAGCAGUGCAUUCUAAGAAUGCAGCACCAAUCCAGUGUGAUUCAUCAGCACGAGCGCAAAGCACGCGUCUACGAAGUCGUCGUCCAUAUUUUUCCGUCAUUCAUCGGACUUACCUCUCCCCCAUGGGACCUCUUACACUGGAUAGCACAGCAUACUCGUCUCUUUUCAUUUCCGGGGAAAGGUGCGCGCUAAUAUACCGACCAUAAUCGCGCCCACCUGACAAUUGUAAGGAGGGCUUGAGAGCUCCAGGACAUCGUUGCCGCUGACGAUAUUCGUGCGGCCGCUGCUCGGUCAGGACAGGUGACAGAUGCAGA